AGAAAUGAAUCAACAAAAGCCUUCAGGCCUCAGGCAACCUGGCAGGUUACCUCGUCCAUCCGGUUUGCAGCAGCCAUCUUCAAAGCUGAGGCCUCCAUCGAGUAGCUUAUCAUCGUCUACUUCUACUAGUAGCGCUAGCGGACCUGCAGCCAAGCCAUCAAGCAUCAGACCUGUUGGUCAGUUAGGUUUGCCUAGCAAGACGAUUCCUGGAAAGUCUACUUCGUCUGUUCUCGCUGCUUCCAGCGGCAGCUCACCUAAACCUUCAUCGAGACCUUCAUCAAGACCUUCGUCUCGACAACCUAGUCCUACACCAGUGGUUCAGACUGUAGUCGAGCAUGACUUUUCUGUUGGUGACCACGUUAUUGUCAGUGGCUCGAAAUCAGGAACAAUUCGCUUCCUGGGCACUACAAAGUUUGCCAAAGGAGAAUGGGCUGGUGUUGAGUUGAAGGGACCAGAGGGCAAGAAUGAUGGCAGUGUUGGAGGAGUGAGGUACUUUACGUGUGAGCCGCUGCACGGUGUUUUUGCUAAAGCCCAGAAAUUGGAACGACCGAGCAGCAUGCCUAGAGCUUCUUCGUCUUCCUCGACUGAGACUGUCUCUUUGUUGGAAGUUGGUGAUAAGGUGUUGGUCAGUGGAGUAAAGUCUGGCACACUCAGGUAUAAGGGCACUACUGACUUCGCUCAAGGAAUAUGGGCUGGAGUACAACUUGAUGAACCUCAGGGUAAAAACGAUGGAGCAGUGGCUGGGAAACGGUAUUUCCAGUGUUUACCAAAGUAUGGAUUGUUUGCUCCUGUUAGUAAAGUGCAGAAGAUAGCAUUGGCUGCUGCAUCUAUUUCAUCAAAUGCAGUCACUGCGGGUACAAAGAAAUCUAUAUCACAGACUGCAGCUCCGGCUGUAGUAGAUACUGCAUCUAAACUGUCUGCUAUGAAAACUCAUAUGACAGCUAAGACUGUAGCAAGUGUCCUAGAUCUAGACGAGACUGUGAUAGUAAGAUCAGAAUCAAGUGGUGGACCUCAGAAGGUUGAAGGCGAAAACCCUUUGACAUCUGGGAAAGCUGAUAAAGCUGUAGAUUCAGAUAAUAAGAGUGUGCUUGUGGAGUUACAGUCUCAGUUAAAGUAUGCUGAGGAACAGCGAGCUCUACUGCAGCACCAACUGGAGUUAGAGAAGAGAAAUAGUGAAGAUCUCCAAUUUAGACUUGAAGAAGAAAACGUAACCAGAGUGGAACACGAGGAGGCUACUCCACCUAUGAUAUUGCUUGACUCUGAAGUGAGUGAAAUUAAACAACACGCUGAACAACUAAAAUGUGAACUUGAACAUUCAGAGGCUCAGCAACAGCUAUCAGCCAAAACUAUCAGAAAAUUAGAAAUUGAUCUUCAGCAGGCUAUCGCAGCAUCAACUCGUGCUGAGCAAGAAUUGGCUAAAGCUAGAAGUGAGAUUGCUUCACAGCAUAAUGUGAUUACUGAUCUUGAAGCCAGGGUACAGGAUACAGUCUUAAAGUCUGAGGUUACACGUCUUGAAGAAUUGCUGCAAGAAGAGAGACAAACUCAAACUAAUGCACUUGAAGCGAAAGAUCUUGAACUGGCUGACUUGAAAGUAUCUGUUGAGAUGAUGAAUCAAGAGUUGGCAAAGCAAACAUUAGCAGCCAAGGAGAUGAAAGAUGAAGUCAGCAUGUUGCAACAUCAGUUGAAAGAGACUAACAGUCAGCUUGAAGCAGCAACUGGAUCUGUGGCAACUGAUCAACAGGUGUUGAAUCAGCUUCGUGCAGAUAUUGUUGCCAAAGAUGUGUGUAUCACUUUGCAGCUUCAGCGCAUUGAUGAGUUGACAAAAGAAGUAGCAAGUCAAGAACAAUUGAAACAACAGUUAUCUGUAGCUGUUCACAGUAGUGAGGAGCUGACAGCAACCAAAGAAGAGAUUGUGGAGAUAAGAUCUCGAUUGGAUGCAGAAAAGUCAGAAGCUGAGGAACUGAGGAAAUCAGUAGAUAUGCUGCGCCAAGAGAAGGACAGUGCUACAGAUAGGUGUGGCAGUGUGGAAUUAGAACUGAAAGAAAGUCAGUCUAAGUUAGUGUUUGAGAAUGAAAGAACAUGCAGAUUACAAGAAGAUGUUGAUUCUUUGACUAAGACUUUAGAAGAUGCACAGCUGGAACUGAAGUUAAGCCAGGAAAAGAAUGAACGUUACACAGAAGACAAGACUAAUCUUGAGACAAGAAUCAGUGAGCUGUUGAAGUCAUCCGACAGUAGCUCAGGACAAGUAGCAUUGUUAGACAGUGAAUUAAAGGAGAGAAACAGGAAAUUAGAUGAAAUGAGGAAUGCCAUGGCAGACUGUGAAGGCAAGCUGCAUACAGCUGAGAAAGAGUUGGGUUUAGUAAAGGAUCAGUACAACAGUGCACAAGCAACAGUUGCUGAUCUUAAUAUACGAAUUGACAGCGAGAGUCAGUCAAAAGAGGAGCUUGUCAGUCAACUGAAGGCUGCUCAGGAGGAAACUGAACGUGAGGGGCUUCUUUUGAAAGUGGCUCAGUCUGAGCUUGAAGAAACAAAAUCUGCAGGAUUGACAACUGCUAGUGAGCUUGCUUCAGCAAAUCAAAGAAUUGCAGAACUGACUGAAAAUGAGUCAAAAAUGAAGUCAAGGCUUCAAGAUCUUGAGCAUUUAGUUAGAGAUCAUGAAAUAGCUGUGUCAUUUGCUCGUACUGAGACAGAGUCAAGAGCAGCUACAGAGACAGAACUCAGAACGGAGCUUGCGAAGAAGUGUAAUGAGCUAAUCGAAAAGGAAGCAGAGAUACAAUUGGCUGGAACUCAGUUGAAAGAUUCAGAAUGCAGUCUACAGAGUGUGAAGGACAGUCGAAGUGAACUGGAAAGCCGUGUCUUAGAAUUGCAGACUCUUGUGAAGGAACAGGAAGCUGAUGUGGCAGUGGAACGCAGCAAGAACGCUGAACUAGAUAGGAGACAUAGUCAGCUAGAAAUAGAGAAGAAUGAAUUGCUGGAGCAAUACAAUAUCAAUUCUAACAGUCUAAAAGAUGUAGAAACCAGGUUAGCAGCUCAGUCAGAAGAAGUGGCAAUACUAAAUACUGAAAUUACAUCAUAUAAUAAGCAAGUGGAAGAUCUUACACUGCAACUUAAAUCAUCUCAAGACUCUGUAGAGUUUUUGAGUACUGACAAGGGUCGAUUAGAGCAGGAAAUGAAUGAGCUUUUAAGGACAUCUGGUGACAGCUCAAAGCGAAUGGUGUACUUGGAAGAACAAGUAAAAGAAAAAAGCCAGGAAUUAGAGAAACUUCAGGUCAGUGGUAGAGAAACACAAAGCAAGUUAGAAUCAGUAGAAAAACAGCUUACUGCAGCAAAGGUUGAAAUCACAGCAGAGCAAGAAAGAAGCAGGACAUUAGAAUCUGAUUUGAGGUUGAAAUCUACAUUGUCUGAUUCAGUCAAAGGAGAAGCUGAAUCUGCCCAACAACAGAUACAAACUCUAACUGAACAUCAAAGUCAUUUAGAAGAAAAUCUUAGAAAAGUACAGGCUUUGUUGGAUAAAGAACAAGCAGCUCAAUUGUCCUUGCAAGCAGAAAAAGAUUCUAGCUUUAAGAUGACUCAAGAGCUUGAACAGAAACUAGAUGAGAAGAGUCAGCAACUGCAGGCUACAGACAAAGAGUGGCAGUUGUCUGCUAAGAAACUAAAUGAGGUGACACAAGAGCUUGAAGAUGCUAUAAAAACCAAAGCAGAAUUGAUUGAGAAAACUGCUACAUUGGAAGAGGCUGUAAAUAGGCUUGAGGAGGAGGUGAAACGCCAAAUAAAGCAUGUAGCUGACAUUGAAGAAGACAAGAAACAGUUGGAGAGUGAAUUGAGUGACAACAUUAGAAAGGCAGAAUUAGUAAGUAGUAAUGUGAUGGCACUACAAAGUGAGUUACAAGAGAAGGAAAGCAUUUUGACAACAGUGAGGCAAGCCAGUGCUGACCUUCAGCAAAAAGUGGAUAAUCUGCAGGCUGAAGUUGAGUCAGUGAAAGACUUAAACACUAAAGGCCUGGAAAGCAUGAAGAAAAAGUGUGAUAAUGAUGUCAUGCUGCUUGAUGAACAGCUUCAAUCUAGGGUAAUUGAACUUCAGAAAACACAAGAGGAACUUGCUAAAGUGAGGUCUGUUUUUGAGGAAACAAAGACUGGCAUGUUAGUCUUGCAGCAGCAACGUGCAUCUGCUACUGAGGAGAGUGUAAGAGUUCAACAAGAGAAGAACGAGGCAGAAAGAAUAAAGGAAAGUACUCUUGGAGAAUUGAGACAGUCCUUGCAAGAGAAACAGGAGGCAGUAGAGAAAUGUGAGGCAUUGGUGUUAGAGAGAGAUGCUGUUGCUAGAGAGCGGGAUAAGGUCAUGAGUGACAGUAGUGCAUUUGGAGAAAUGAUCAGAACACUAACAGCUGCCAAAGAGAGUUUGAUUGGAGAUGUGAAAUCAAAGGAGGAGGAAUGUGGUAUACUGGUUGAACAGAUUAGCGAACUAACUAAGGAGCUAGAGCAGACAACACAACUGGCAGAUGGGAGGCUGGAGGCCAUCACUGCAUUAGAAUCACAACAGACUGAUUUUGAAAACAGAAUAUCUUUGUUGAGUGAUGCAUUGGCAAAUGCUGAGAAUGCAGCAGCCAAGCCUUUGACAGCGACGUUUUUGGACAUGAGUAACAUGGCUGGUGCAGAUGAAAUGCUUAUUGCUCGUGUUGAGGAAAUGAAAGUGCAACUGGCAGAAGUACAGAUAGAAAAUGAGUCUCUUCACAAUCAGGUUGAGUUUCUUAACACUGUAAUUGUUGAUCUUCAACGUAAGAAUAAUAUAGCAGAGAAACGAUUGAUAGCCAUGGAGCAAGGCAUUGUACUAGAUGAAUCAGACCUCCAGCUAAUGGAGGACAUUGGUGAUGAUUUCUCGUUGUCUGCACCUCCAGAAAGACUGUUCUGUGAUAUCUGUGAUGUAUUUGAUGAACAUGAUACUGAAGAUUGUCCUCAACAAACAAUGGAGGAUACUAUUGAAUCUAGCCAUCAUGGACAACGAGGAGAGGAAAGACCAUACUGUGACAAUUGUGAAGAAUUUGGUCACUGGACAGAAGAUUGCAAUGAUAAUGAGACGUUUUGAUACAAGUGUUUAGGUAGGAUUUAAUUAGCAGUUGAUUCACUGACGUUAACAGAAUAGGAUGCGUAGGUUGAUAUUUAUCUACAGACAGUAAUAAGUUUGCAUAUUCAUUACACAAGAAUAGCUUAUACUGUUGUGAAAUAACGAAUUGAAUUUUGUUGAGAACA